GCUGUCCGCGGUGCUGAAAUCAUCCGGAUCCGCUCAGAAACCGCUUCUCGCGUCUUUCCGAAGCGAAGAAUACUUACUAGAGAUGAUUUAUUGAUUCACAUCUGAUUGUGAUUGUGAUUUUGGGGCUCGUCAUCCGCGCGCGCUCAGGGCGGGUCGUGUGACGUCACGAGUGACUACAUCCUCGGACCAGACACUCGGCGAGUCCGCGCGCCCGUUGCGGAUAUUUGCACCUCGAAACACCGAUAAAAUCGUCACUUAAAGCUGAACGGAGGGAACGGAUAAAGCGCGGAGAUGUCUGUGGCGGGGCUGAAAAAGCAGUUUCACAAAGCGACGCAGAAAGUCAGUGAGAAGGUCGGAGGAGCGGAAGGCACCAAAUUAGACGAUGACUUCAAAGAAAUGGAAAAGAAAGUGGACAUUACGAGCAGAGCAGUGCUUGACAUCAUGACCAAGACCACAGAAUACCUGCAGCCAAACCCUGCGUCGAGGGCCCGUCUGAGCAUGAUCAACACCAUGUCUAAGAUCCGGGGUCAGGAUAAGGGUCCGGGUUACCCUCAGGCCGAGACGGUGCUGGGAGACGCCAUGCAGAGGUUCGGCCGUGAGCUCGGAGAAGAGUCCUGCUUUGGUCUGGCUCUGCUGGACGCCGGUGAAUCCAUGCGUGAGCUCGGUGAGGUCAAAGACGCUUUAGACAUCACCGUCAAACAGAACUUCAUCGACCCGCUGCAGAACCUGCACGACAAAGAUCUCCGAGAGAUCCAGCACCAUCUGAAGAAGAUGGAGGGCCGUCGUCUGGACUUCGAUUAUAAGAAGAAGCGUCAGGGGAAAGUGAUGGACGAUGAGAUCAAACAAGCGCUGGAGAAAUUCGACGAGUCUAAGGAGGUCGCGGAGCAGAGCAUGUUUAACCUGCUGGAGAACGACAUUGAGCAGGUGAGUCAGCUGUCGGCUCUGGUCCAGGCUCAGGUGGAGUAUCAUCAGCAGGCGGCUGAGAUCCUGCAGCAACUCUCCAGUAAGAUAGAAGACAGGAUAAAGGAAAUGUCCAACAGACCCCGGAGGGAGUACAUUCCCAAACCCCCCAUGGAGCUUCAGCUGCCCAGUGAGAAUUACAACGGAGGAAUAAACUCUGCAAAAUCACCUGCGCGCUCACCAGCUCCGUUGGAUCAGCCGUGUUGUCGCGCGCUGUAUGACUUCGAGCCGGAGAACGAGGGUGAGCUCGGCUUCAAGGAGGGUGACAUCAUAACUCUGACCAAUCAGAUCGAUGACAACUGGUACGAGGGCAUGAUCCACGGUCAAUCAGGGUUCUUUCCCAUCAACUACGUGGACAUCCUAGUGCCUCUGCCUCACUAGGCUCCGCCCACCCCCACUGUUGCCUAGCAGCCCAACAGCCGCCUUUAUCGUGCAUCUGUGCUACAGCUUCACUUCCUGUUCCUGUCGAUCAGUGACUCGGAGGAUUAUGAUGAUAUUGAGGGGGUUUAAAGACAUUACGGAGUUCUGUCUGAGUGGAGAAACAGUUCAAGUGCUCAGUGUGUGUGUGUGUGUGCGCUCCUUGAUUCAUGGUCUACGGUGAAUCAUGAGAGUCUUUUUAUAUUGUUUUCCUCGUGUUUCAGAUUAUUUAUUUGUACUCUGCCUUGAUUGACGUAAGAGAACUAGUGCUCACUCUUCUGAUAAACCUCACUUCGUCCAGCUCUAUCCCAGCAUGCUUAUAGGAAAGUUCUGGAUCUCCAGAUGUGUGUGUGAUUGCGUUGCUGAUCUCUGUUUGACGCACGCGUUAAAUAUUUUUUCUCCCGGCUAAACAGCGAACAAUGAGAUGUUGUUAAGAUUUGUAAAUGUUAUUGCUUGCUGAUGCAUUUUGGCUUGGGCUCAGAACAGAAAUGUUUUUCUCAGUGUUUUUUUUCUUCUGGUUUCCAGUACAAAUAUCUAAAUAUUCGUAAAUCAAGAUACAUAAAUUACUUAAAAAUAUACUUAAAGUCUUGUUUUCUAAAAAAAAAUAAUCAAAAUGAAGUGAGUUUAUGCUUAAAACUAUUUUAAAAAUCUGACUUCAAAUUUUGCUUUGAAUUGUUUAUUUUUCUGACCCCGCAGACAGAUAUUUAUCUUUUUUUGAGCAAAAACUAAUUUAAAAUGUUUUUUUUUUCAUUAAAUAAGACUUUAUCUUUUGUUUCUAAAUGCAUAGUAAAUAUAAUAUUACAUAUAUAUUAGAAAUGUAUAAUGGAAAGCAAGACAAAAAUAGGGCAACACUUUACAAUUACUGUGGUUAACUAACAUUAACUAACAAUGUGCAAUAGAUUUUUUACAAUCUUUAUUAAUCUUUGUUUAUAAAAUUACAACUGUUCCUUGUUAGUUAAUGUUGGCUCAGGUUCAUUAAAUAAUAUUAACAGAUGCAACUUUGUAUUAGUAAAGGUUGAAAUGAAUAUGACCGAAGAUUAAUAAGUGCUUCUUCAGCGUUCGUUCAUGUUAACACAUGGAAUAUUGUAGUGUUACCCAAAAUACUAAACAGGAAAAUCAUUUUUGCUGUGUGGUCUGUAAACUUUCUCUUUAUUUUCUUGUUUAAGAACAUCUUAUUGUUCAGUGAAAUAUGAAAAUGCAAUAAGGAUAUUGAACAUAAAGCACACACAUGUCGACAUGACGUAUUUUGGUUAGCUGGUGUAUUAUUGGUGCAAAGUGGUCAACCAGCUCUAAAACCUGCCUAAACAAGAUGGUUGAGCAGAUCAACUUGAGCUAACAGUCCAAGUGAUAAACCAUCACGACUAGCGGAUGACCAUCAUAAGCUAGUGAAACUGGGUUUCCUUUCUCAGCCUGAUGGCAGAUGUUUCCUAAAGCAGCAUAUAAAGUCUUAUUUUUGAAAUAAGUGGUAUUUCCACCAAUGCCAAGAUUGUGUCACCGGAAUGCGCUGGUUAUUGUGUGUGUGAUCGUAUCCACAUAGAAUAUAAUGCUAGUUACUACUGUAGUGUUAGUGGUUAGUCGUUAGUGCUGUGACGUUUGUAAGCACAUGUGGUUUGCGAAAGACUAUUUUUUAUGUUAAACUGAUGGGCUGAUUGCAGCUGAUGAACAUUUAUGGCGUCUAAUAGACUGAAGUGUAGCAGCGUUUGAUGUUUUAGUGGUUGAUGGACCAUGUUCUUCGGCACAGGUCGUGCUGCGUUUCAUUUGAUGCCUUCAACGCAUUCGGCCUUCGUUUGAAACCGGUGCUGUAUGUGAACUGCUGCUCGCGGACAGACCAGUGACUGUGGAAGCUGUUUCCACCACUGGAUAAAAAAUAAAUAAAUUGACUUUUUAUCUCACAAUUAUGACAUUUCUCACAAUUGCAAGUUUAUAUCUAGCACUUGUAAGUUAUUAACCUGUAAUUGUAAAUCUUCUUUUUAAUUUUUUUCUUAGAAUUCUAAGUUUAUGUUUUGCAAUUCUGACUUUUUUCUUUUAAUUUUGAGUUUACAUUUCACAAUAGAUUUUUUUUUCUUGAUUUUGCAACAAACUUUAGUAGUAAACUUAUUAUGUUGCAAUUUGGACCUUUUUUCCCUGCAAUUCUUUUUAUAUAUAAGUUUAUAUAAGUUUACAUCUCAAAAUUCGAAAACUUUUCGCUGAAAUCUGAGUUUGUCUCAGAAUUGUGGCUUUUUUUAUUUUUUUCUUGCAGGAUUAACUUUUUCUGGGAAUUCUGAGUUUUAUAUCUUGCAAUUAAAUUUUGGGGGGGAAUUUUGACUUUUCUCUUGGAAUUUAGAGUUUAUAUAUCGUAAUUCAAAUUUUUUUUUCUUGGAAUUCCGUCUUUUCUAUUGGAAUUUUGAGUUUAUAUCUCAAAGUUCUGACUUUUUCUCGCCAUUCUUAUUUUUUUUCUUUGCAUUCAGACUUUUUUUCUCUGAAUUGUGAGUUUAAAUCUCACUAUUCAGUUAUGGCUUUUUCUUAGAAUUCUGAGUUUUUCAGAAUUUGGAGUUUCAUAUAUCGCAAUUCUAUUUCGGGGGAGAAUUUGGACUUUUAAAAUUUUUAAAUCUCACAAUUCAGUUAUUUUCUUUUUUUUGCCAAGUAAUAUAAAAAAAGAAUUGGGAAGAAGAAACUUUUUUCCUUGCAUCUGCGAGCUUAUAUAAAAUUUUGCUUCACAGUUUUAAUUGACUUUUUCCGAGAACUGAAAUCAAAUCAGAAUUGUGAUGUACAACUUGUAAUUACCAUUUUUAUAUUGUUUUCCAUGGUGGACAUAAGCUUCCAUGAGUGUUUAGAAGCGUAGCAGAGAGUUUCUUCUUUUUGUCAUGAUUUAUUCAGGGCUGGUAGCUGAAGAAACGCAUCUGUUCUGGAGGAGAGCAGAUUUCUUGAUGUGAGCGUGUGUUUUGUGCCAUCUGUUUCUCCGUCACGUGUGCGGUGCAUCACAUCUCCUUCAUGCUCAUGGAGUUGUCUUAAAUAGCAGUGAACACAAGCGACACACCACAAGAUGAUUUUUGUUUUUAUUUAUGGUGUGUCAUGCUGUGUAGCUCCGCCCACGAGGAUUUACCUGUUUUCUGAUUGGCUGCGCUUGUUACACGUCAAAUAUGUGUCACAUCGCACCUGGUUUGUUGAAUCUCAUGAAAUCUGUGAAGUGCAAAUCUUAAAUCUUCAUGCUUUCUAAUGAUUAAAUGACAGUGUUAUUAUUAAUAGUAUUAUAACAGGUUUCCAGUCAGUCACAUCUGAUAUGGGCAAUAACUCUGAAAACACACUCUUUGAGCUCUAUAUGAAUAUAUAAACAUAUUUAAUGUAAAUGUGUUUGAAUGGCAGUAUAAACACUUGAAUCAUCGCUCCACGACACAAAUUGUCAUGUGUGUGAAUGAAAGCCUGAGUGAAUCCAUGUGUUUUGCACGUGAUGUUACAGAGUUUCACCGUCAUGAUGGUGUAUGUUUGUAUUUAUUUAUUUUUUUCUGUGCUGGAUGACAAACCUGUACUGCUUGAUGUGAGAAUAUAAUGAGAAUAAACACAGUGUCACUG